UGAACCUCGGCAUCACACACGAACCAAAAAUCGGGAUCGGCCCGAUAGGGCUGGCCAGUGGACACAGCGACCGUCUCAAACACCACAGCGAUAAACUAGGGGAAUGAGGCAAUCUCACGGUUCGGCAUGGAAAUAAGCAAAACGGCGGUUCGGGUCAACCGGUGAUCUGCCGAAGUUAAUUCAUCGAACUGUGACAUCAUCGGGGUGUGUGUGUGUGACAAAUGCACUCACAGAGGAUCGGUAUAGACCAGCACAAUGGCAGCAGCAGCAGCAGCUUCACCGGACCGACCGCAUGAACAUGGCAUUACGGCGGGGGAUUGGCCGGACGAGCAUCUCAGUCCCAGACGUCUCUCGCUUGGCGGCGGUCAUGCACAUGUUCGAGAGCAGGGGUUGAAUACUGGUGUUCGGGUGAUGGAUGACGGACGAUUGGAUAUCAAGUUUCGCGAACAUAAGCCCUGGUUGCUCAAUUUGAUUAAGCAUCUUGAACGGUACCCGAAACCUUUGCGCGAAGAACGAAGACCGUCGGUUAUGUCCACAGACGGACAGGACAAGUUUCCCUUGCGUUUGAACAUCGUUAUCCACGUGGUGGGCUCUCGCGGUGACGUACAACCAUUCGUUGCGCUGGGAAAGGAGCUACAGAAGCAUGGACAUCGGGUUCGACUGGCUACGCAUCUUGCCUUUCGUGAAUAUAUCAAUGAAUCAGGGCUGGAAUUUUUCAGCAUUGGAGGUGACCCAGCAGAGUUGAUGGCUUUUAUGGUAAAUAAUCCUGGGUUGAUGCCGGAUAUGCGGACGAUACGCAGUGGCGCGAUCCCCAAGCGCCGUCGUGAAAUGAAAGCGAUUUUUUCCGGUUGCUGGCGCUCAUGCUUUGAGACUGGGGAUGGGACGGGCAUGCAUCAUAUCAAGGAGGAUCCGUGGAGUGACACUCCAGAUUGCAACACGCAGCCGUUUGUCGCCGACGUUAUCAUUGCAAACCCGCCUAGUUUCGCGCAUCUGAGCUGUGCAGAGAAAAUGGGAAUUCCGGUAAAUAUGAUGUUUACGAUGCCAUGGUCGGCGACACAAUCAUUUCCACACCCAUUGGCCAAUAUUCGAGCGCGUAAUACCAAGCCAUCCGUUGCAAACUUUGCGUCAUAUGCUAUUGUCGAGGUGAUGCUAUGGGAAGGACUUGGUGACCUGAUAAACCGCUUUCGAAAGAGGGAGCUGGGCUUAGAUCCUUUGGAUGCCAUCCGGGCUCCUAGUAUCGCCCAUCGGUUGCAAAUACCAUAUACCUACCUUUGGUCUCCGGCCCUCCUCCCCAAGCCUCAAGACUGGGGCGAAAACAUCGACGUCUGCGGGUUUCAGUUCCUAGAGAGCGACACGAGCUAUAAGCCACCCGACGAUCUCGAUGCAUUUCUCAAAGCUGGUGACCCCCCGGUGUAUAUCGGUUUUGGUUCCAUCGUAGUUGACAACCCCGCCAAGUUAACGGAAAUUGUAUUCGAGGCUGUCCGCCUUACGGGGAAAAGAGCGCUUGUGUCUAAGGGGUGGGGAAAUAUCGGAGAAGGAAGAGCUGAAGUACCCGAGGAUGUCAUGCUUUUGGGGAAGGUUCCGCACGACUGGCUCUUCCAGCAUGUUUCAUGUGUCGUUCAUCAUGGUGGUGCAGGCACCACUGCCGCCGGGCUGGUCCUGGGUCGUCCAACGGUAAUCGUACCUUUUUUCGGCGAUCAGCCAUUCUGGGGAUCGAUCGUGGCACGCGCAGGUGCUGGGCCACACCCGGUGCCAUAUAAACAAUUGACCGCCGAGAAAUUAGCAGAAGCGAUCAACAAAGCUCUGGAACCAUCUACGCUCGAAAAUGCCGAGGAGAUAGGCAAAGGCAUGCGGACAGAAAAGGGCGUACAGAACGCCGUCUGCAGCUUUCAUCAACAUCUGGAUUUGCGCAGCCUACGGUGCGCUAUAUGUCCUACCCGUCCGGCGGUAUGGUGGCAUAAGCAUCUGCACAUCAAGUUAAGUGCAUUUGCAGCAGCGGUUCUAGUAGAGGCUGGGAUCGUGGAUCCGCAUCACUUUGAACUAUACCGCUCCAAGCAGUACGACACGAACCGUGAUCCUCGAGGACCACUUUCUGCCGGUGCCGAGGUGCUUUACGGGGUUGUCAGUGAUUUCAUCAGUGGCUUUGCCACUGUGCCUACGGACCUGGCUGGAAUGCUUUCGAAGGAAAAUCGCAAAAGAAAGCGUCAUCAUCAUCACAGCCACCAUAUCGGUAGCCGAGAUUGGGUAAGGUCACACUGUACGGCAGGCCUGGAGCAGGCAAAAGAGCAAGAAAGGGAGCGAUCGUCCAAUGAGCAUGGCAAUGGCCCCAGUCGUCAAGACCGAUCUGAGAGCGAUGAUAGAUCAUCCGUGUCCGAAUCCGAAGUUGAGUCCGAGAGUGACAGUGAAUACGCUUCAGCCGAGGAAGAUCAGCCGGACAGCAGUAGCGCGGAUACAGUUGCUGAUGACUCCGAUGAGACUGUGAAUGAACUUGAUCUUGAACGCACGCUGACCCGGAAACGAGCUAAAGAACAGAAAACUGGUGCACAAGAAAUUAUAGCAGAAACAGGCUACCAUACCUCGAAGUUCGCAAAGCAAGUGCUUAAUUUUGUGAUCAUGCUACCCACCGAUUUGACACUUAGCUUAGCCAAGGGCUUCCAUAACGCACCAAAGUUGUAUCAUGACACCACGGUACAAAGGAUCCCGAGAGUACGCAAUGUGAAAAGUGGCUUUCGAGCAGCUGGCACAGAAUUCACAGAAGGUUUCUACUACGGCGUUACUGGCCUUCUUACGCAGCCUGCUCGGGGUUUCCAGAAGUCUGGUGGUAGAGGCUUGGUGAAGGGGGUUGGAAAGGGAGUGGGUGGAGUGUUUCUCAAACCAGCUGCAGGCAUCUGGGGACUUGCAGGCUUCCCGCUGGACGGAUUACACAAGAGCCUUCGCAAUUCCCUCACGAAGAAUAAGACGAAGUACAUCCUACGGUCGCGACUGGAACAAGGUAUCCAGGAGAUGUGUGUCGCAUCAACGGAAGAGAGAGCCAUUGUAAUUAGGAAAUGGCGUGAGCUGGAAAAGAACCAUUCUCAGCAUCAAAAUGGUCAUGCUCAUUAGCAAACUGCAUAUACCCCCUGAUAUUUGUAAUUAUAGGAGUUACCAUGUAUGUAUAUUAUUAAAGACGAC